AUGGGUUCGCUGCAACAGGAAAAUUCUGAGUCACAGAAAUCAACAUACAGCGCCCUUCGCAUCAUUUCUGGUCGCAACGAUGAUGUUCGAGCCCUUGGAUCAAGCGAUUCAAGCCAAUGGAAAGGAACAGCAUGGAGGGAUGGACACCCGGCGCCGGUCCGGCACCGCCUCUUGACGAACGGCGGACAACCGGCGCCGGCCUGGUCCCGUUGGUCUGGCGGAAGCGGCCGACGUCUAGACUGCGGGCCGUUGCGUAUCGCCUGGACUCGACCAACAAAAACCUGCCAGUUUGAGAGGUCCAGAUCAUAUUUGACAGAGAGAAAAGAGAAUGGAAAGAAGGGAUUGGGUAGCCCAAAAGUCGCAGCUUUUGUGCCCAAUUCUCUCCACAGAGAUGACCUGGCCUCGGCGCGUACGCAGGCAUCGAUAUGGAAGUUGGUCAAUGCCUAG